UCCCUUGCCACGCAUGCCAUGCAACCGGUGAUGCAGUGGGACUCCAAGGGUGAGCACAAAGCUCUGCCCAUGUGAUCUCAGAUCUGCCCAACCCCACGGCUCUCCACCAUCCAUUUAUCCACUGGUGCUGGAGCAAGCUUGGGAGGAGAUGUGGGGUGGAUGGGGGCAGCCUCUGUGCUGCCUCACCUGGGUAACCCCCCCCCCCAUUCCUGGACUGUGACUGGAAUGAAACUUGAAGACGGCUCACAUGGAACUUCUCUCUGCUUAGUCCCCUGCCCACUGUCCACAGGUGCCUGGUGCUACGACUCCCAGGAUCCAAAGUGUGGCCCCACCCGUUGGAAGGAGCUAGCACCUGCCUGUGAGGGCCCAGACCAGUCCCCUAUCAACAUUGACCUUUGCUUGGUCCAGCGAGAUGCCACUCUUGGGCCUUUCAUCUUUCAAGGCUAUGAUUCAGCACCUCCAGGCCCUUGGACCCUGGAGAAUGAUGGCCAUACAGUGUUACUCCGAGUAAACGCUGGUCUGCAGAACUGCCUGUUGAUUCAAGGGGCUGUUCCAUCACCUGUGUACCAACUGCUGCAGUUGCAUUUCCACUGGGGGAGCUCAGGGCACACAGGCUCUGAGCACAGCCUGGAUGAGAAGCACUCCACUAUGGAGAUGCAUUUGAUCCACAUGAACACAGAGUACAAGAGCAUGGGAGAGGCACGAAGCCAUCCAAAUGGGCUUGUGGUGCUGGCUGUCCUGCUGGCAAAGGAGGACGGGGACAAUACCAACUUCUCUGCCAUUGUGUCUGGCCUGAAAAAUUUAUCUUCACCUGGGGUCUCAAUCAAUCUGACAUCCACUUUUCCGCUGGCCUCACUGCUGCCUUCAGGGCUCUUGCCCUACUAUCGAUACUCCAGGUCUCUGACCACACCAGGCUGCGAGCCCGCGGUGCUCUGGACUGUCUUCGAAAACACUGUACCUAUUGAACAUGCGCAGGUGGGGGGGGCCCAGUUUCAGACGGUGCCCCAGGCUGGACCACUAGGUUUGCGUGUGGGACUGCUCAGGGAUAAUUUUCAUCCCCAACAGCCUCUUGGAAGACACAGGGUAUCAGCCUCCCCGGGAGCCUCCAUCCGGGCAGCAGUCCCACUCCCAGCUUCUACCUUGAUUGGAAUGAUGCACACAGUCCAGGGCCAAAAGGGGCUCUAUACCUCAGUUCCUGGUGGCGGUCAUCCACAGGGCAAACCAUCGGUUCACAGCCUCUCGCUCCCACUCUCCAAAUACCGGAGCGCGAGCAGGAGGUGCGUGGGGGCUCUGCUCACUGGGAACGCGCUCCAGGCGAAAGGCAAUUUACCCCCUUCCCGGAACACCGGAGCCCCUCGGGCUAGCUGGAGUCCCGCACACGCCCUUGAAGCGCCCCCCGCCUCCGCCCCAUCAGUCUCCGCCACCUUGUGGGGCCUGCGGGGCCCCAGGCGGUACCGGAGUUUUCUUGUGGUUCUUCCGGGCUGGGACUCGGUUGGUCACGCUGUCUGCAGGACUGUCGGAGCUGUUGUCCGCGGGCCUGGAGGCCGCAACAAAAGCGUUCACGACGCGGCGCCUCGGUCCGCGCCGCCGCCUCCGCCCGAAGGUGGCUCCGCAAGCGAGCCAGGCGGCCUGGGGCGCGGGUGUCUUCCGGGACUGGUCCAUUGGGCUGGGCGCCGGGGUCCCGCCGGCGGCCCAUGCCUCGCCGCAGCGCCUCGCUCGCGCCGUACGCGGUGCGGACCUGAGUCCACGAGCGCCCGGGCUCCGCCGCCAUGCGCGCCGCCACCUACUCUGUCACUGCCACCAGCGCCCAGCAAGGCCAGGAGUCCCAGCCUGCAGCCUAGCGACCACUGGACCCCCGGGAGCACGCAGUGCGUUAGAGACGGCCCCUUGGGGCGGCUGUGGGAACGACCAGGUCCUCGGGGAACCACCGUGGAGCUCCGGGAACCCCUCCAGGGACAGUUCCUGGGUGGCUGA